CAAGAUGGCAGCCGUAAAUGCGAACAGGAUCGUGGCUGGUACUAGUCCGGACGGUAGUAGGGGAUCUGGGAGCAGCGGUCGCGGCCCGGCUGGUGCCGCAGUGAAGGUUCUUGAGUGCGGGGUCUGUGAAGAUGUAUUUUCUUUGCAAGGUGACAAAGUUCCCCGGCUGCUUUUGUGUGGCCAUACUGUCUGCCAUGACUGUCUUACCCGGCUUCCCCUUCAUGGCAGAGCAGUUCGUUGUCCAUUUGAUCGACAAGUUACUGAACUAGGAGAUUCUGGUGUCUGGGGCUUGAAAAAAAAUUUUGCUUUGUUGGAACUCUUGGAACGGUUGCAGAAUGGGCCUGCCGGACAGUGUGGGACAACAGAAGAAGCCAUUGGUCUUUCUGGAGAGAGUAUCAUUCGUUGUGAUGAAGAUGAAGCCCAUGUUGCAUCUGUGUAUUGCACUGUUUGUGCCACUCACCUGUGUGCAGACUGCUCCCAGGUCACUCAUUCUACAAAGACACUAGCAAAACACAGGCGUGUUCCUCUUGCUGAUAAGCCCCAUGAGAAGACUAUGUGCUCCCAACACCAAGUGCAUGCUAUUGAGUUUGUUUGCUUAGAAGAGGGCUGCCAGGCGACUCCUCUUAUGUGUUGUGUCUGCAAAGAAUAUGGGAAGCAUCAAGGUCAUAAGCAUUCUGUUUUGGAACCAGAAGCAAACCAGAUUCGUGCAUCCAUUUUAGACAUGGCUCACUGUAUAAGAACAUUCACAGAAGAGAUCUCGGAUUAUUCCAGAAAAUUGGUUGGAAUUGUUCAGCAUAUAGAAGGAGGAGAGCAAAUAGUUGAAGAUGGAGUUGGAAUGGCCCAUACUGAACACGUUCCAGGGAGUGCAGAGAACGCACGCUCAUGUGUCCGAGCCUAUUUUUCUGAUCUUCAUGAAACCCUUUGUCGUCAGGAAGAAAUGGCUCUUAGUGUUGUUGAUGCUCACGUGAGAGAGAAGUUGAUUUGGCUUAGGCAACAGCAAGAAGACAUGACCAUCCUCUUGUCACAGGUUUCAACAGCUUGCCUCCAUUGUGAGAAGACUUUACAACAGGAUGACUGCAGAGUAGUAUUGGCCAAACAAGAAAUUACAAGAUUGCUAGAGACCUUACAGAAACAGCAGCAGCAGUUUACGGAACUUGCAGAUCACAUACAGCUGGAUGCUAGCAUACCUGUCACUUUUACAAAGGACAACAGGGUACAUAUUGGACCAAAAAUGGAAAUUCGGGUUGUAACUCUGGGAUUAGAUGGAGCUGGCAAAACAACUAUUUUGUUUAAGUUAAAGCAAGAUGAAUUCAUGCAGCCAAUUCCAACAAUAGGUUUUAAUGUUGAAACAGUAGAAUACAAGAAUUUGAAGUUUACUAUUUGGGAUGUAGGAGGGAAACACAAAUUGAGGCCAUUGUGGAAACAUUAUUAUCUCAACACGCAAGCGGUGGUGUUUGUUGUUGAUAGCAGUCACAGAGACAGAGUCAGUGAAGCACACAGCGAACUUUCAAAAUUGUUAACAGAGAAGGAAUUGCGGGAUGCUUUGCUCUUGAUCUUUGCUAAUAAACAGGAUGUAGCAGGUGCACUUUCAGUGGAAGAAAUCACAGAGCUGCUCAGUCUCCACAAACUCUGCUGUGGCCGUAGCUGGUAUAUUCAGGGUUGUGAUGCCCGAAGUGGUACAGGACUUUAUGAGGGACUAGACUGGCUUUCAAGGCACUUAGUGGCUGCUGGUGUCCUUGAUGUGGCUUAAUUUUACAGCAGCUGCAAUUGUGGUUUGUUUUGUUUGCACGAUUUAGGAUGUUAUAGCUAGGUCUGCUGCCUGAAGAGGGGACCUUAUUUAACUUGGUGGUUACAGAAAAAAUAUAAACCUUUAUCCAAGAUUGAAUAAUUGGUUCAUUUAAUGUGUGCCAUUACAGUGUUUUUGAAACUUGAUAUAUUUAUAAAUAAUGGAAUGGGCUGGUUACAAGGGUGCCUUCAAAUUCUGCUUUUGUGAAACUAGGUUGUUUAACUUAAAAUUAUUCCCUGAUAAAAUAUGCAUUGGAGUUCAUCUAAUAAUUAUAACAAAGUUACAGUGCUUAACUAGUGUCAGAAAAAUUUUUAGAGGUAGAAACACCAGGAAACUAUUCCAAAAUCCAUCUCAAGUUAUAAUAGCCAGCUCCGUCUGUUAGUCAGAAAUAAAUGGUGCUACUCUUUAAUAUAUAAGGAAUGCAUUUGUGUAAAAGUGGCAUUGAAAAUCAUAGGCAAAUACACCACAAAAUGCAGAUGUCUUCCCCUUAUUUCAUGCCUUCACCAUUUGUUACUGGAAGGCAGCAUAACAGGGCAAAGUAACCUGCAAAUGGGGACCAGUAUUGCAGGGUGAGGGGGCUGUGGCUUUGUUUAGCAAUGAGUUUUCUAGCUGCAGGGGGGAGGGUUUGUGCGGGGUUUUUAGUUAAUUGUACACAUGCUGAAUUAUUUAUGAACAGAUUAUAGUGACAUUGAGGUGAAAGUGUUUUGUGCAUGCUUGAGGACAUAAUCUGCUUAUAGAGAUUAAGCUUGCUCCUCAAGAAGUUAAGUUAAAAAAAGCCAAACAAACUUCUCAAAGAAGUAGUGUGGUGUAAUGUCAAUCCAGCUAUGUACUGUUACGUAGAAGUCGUGCUUCCAGAUUAAGGCAGUGGCCUUAAAAUAUGAAAUAACACAAUGUGAAAGCAGUAUAGACUACUUGUAACUCUCACUUAGAAGAGCAGAUGGUAAAAUGUGAUAUAAACCUUCCAUAAUUAGAUUUUCAGUUCUUACUGUGUCUUCUACAUGGAACUGUCACCAAUGCCUCUAUUUUCAAGGAUUACUCAUUCACAAACCCAUAAAAUAUGGGUGUAGCUCUGUUUGGAGAAGGUUGCAAUGACUUAGUGAUGACUUUUUUUUCCUGCUGCGCAUGCAACUCUGCUGCCACUUUUACCUGUCUAGUGUGUGCACCAGUAUCUUCUGCCCUCCUCUUUAUAUACACAGCCAUUGCCAAUUGAAGAUGCCAGGCCAUGGACCAUUUCAUGUUGCAGGAGGAGCUACAGAGAAUAUGGCCAAUAGAUUAAAAUGGUGUAUCAUCACUUGUUACUGGAGUAGUGGUGAAUCAUGAGAACCACACAGUAGAAGUGCGCAGUGUUAUUUCCUAGAUGGGGGUAGGUAUUUUGCCACAGUGGAAAGCAUGUUUUUACCUGUGAGUGCUCUGAACCUCACCAGGCAAAAAUGUAUCCCAUUAUCUGUGACCAUGGCUUUUGUUGUAAUAUCAAUUUUACAUCUUCCCACUACUUACCUUAGGUAAAGCCAAGAAAUGCAUGAACAAGUAAUUUAGUACGUUUGCACUUCUCUUCAAGGUGAAGCAGUUAACUACUUCCUCAAAAUUACACUUAUUUGUAGUUUUACCUUGUUCCUAAAUGUCAUGUAAAUGAUUCAGCAAGUCUAAUGACUUGAAUAGUAGCUGGAAGAACACUAAGCUUUACAAGCAAAUAUUUGAGAAAUAAGCUUCAAUGCCUACGUAUGUAUGUAGGUACUGAGAAGGGGUAUUCACUCUUUCUUCAGACAACCUUACCAGUUUGGAAAAGUUUACAGGAGUGAAAGGUGUUUUUUCUUGCACCAAAUGAACUAAAAAUUGUUGAUGCUUCCAAGCCUGUAACUUCUUGCAUAGCAGUUGGCUGCUCUGACUUGAGUGUCUGCUUAGGCUGUAACUGCAAGCAGACCCAGACCUAUGUAGGGCUGACUGUCCCCUCACAACUUUUUUUUUAAAUAUGGACAAGUUCUGCUAAGCAUGGUAGGUACCUUUUCCUGGAAUAUUUUCAACAGAGAAGACAUGCAUUCUUUAGAAAAAUCCUAAUUCUGUGAUUUUAUUUAAGCUGGCUUAUGCUGCAGUUACACCUGCCUCUCGGUAUAGUUCUACUUCAAAAGGUUCAAGGUGACUAGUUUGGAUUUUUUGUAACAUUACAUUUGAGGGCAGAGGAAAAAUUCUCACUCAUACUUUUGAGUUCAAAGGAUUGCUUGUGACACAUGGAAUGCUACCAUAAAAGUGUUCUUAAAUGGAAUUUAAGAUGACUUGACGUAACUGUGAAAUUGUUGCAUUUGUCUGUGAACUCUUCAGUGUAAGGUACACUAAGAGGUUUAUUUUAAUACUAUACAUAAACUGCUUCAGUUCUAAAUUCAAGCUUGUUUCACUAGUUUUACUGAACUUUAGGUUUAGCGUACUGACUUACGUGGUAUGUAACUGGAGUACUUCCUCAACUAGAACUCACUUGAAGCAUUACUAACUGAGAAUUAUUUGAAAAGACUGAGUAACUUUUUCAUAGGAUUUUGACUUAAUUGUGAAACUGAAUAAAUACAACAUCCAUUG